AUGGAACUUUCCCCCUCCCUGCAAUAUGUCCCCUCCCUCGACUCCCGCCCCGUUCAGGAGGUUCUCGAUUCACUCUCUGCCUUCCAACCCAUCACGUCGGAAAAAAACAUCUGGGCCUUCUGGCACUCCGGUCUCGCCUCUCUCCCACCCUGGUGUCGCCGGAACGUAACUGAUUGGAUCCAAUUGAAUGGAAGCGACUGGAAAGUCCGGAUACUGGACGACAUCCCCGACUCUCCCAAUAAUGUCGCAAGAUAUAUUCCCGAAAACAUGCUCCCGGAGAUCUUCCGGAAGAAAGCCAUGACCGGCCCGUUUGUAGGCCAGCAUUCCGCCGAUUUGAUCCGCGGCGCAUGCUUAUAUCUGCAUGGCGGCGUGUGGAUGGACGUGGGCAUUCUCCUCUUCCGCCAGCUGGACGGGAUCUGGAAUGACCUGCUCCAGAAUGAGAAAGACAUGUGUGUCAUGCAUAUGGGCGGCACGGGCAUUUCGAACCAUUUCAUCGCGGCCCGCCGCCAGUCCCCCCUGGUGAAACACUGGCAUGAUCUAUUCGCUUACCUGUGGAAAGACAGAACAGACUGUUCCGGGCUGUCGGCGCAUCCCUUGCUUCUUCCCGUGCUGGAAUCGGGCAAUAAAUUCCAUGGAGACGAAGCCACGAAUCAUUUCGGAUGGGAACAUGUCUGCUCUCCGGACAAAAUCAUGGAUUACGGUGCCCAUAUUCUAGUCUGGCAGAGACUGGUCAUGCUGCAGAGCGACGAGUUCGAUGGCGUCGACUAUUUCAUGGACAAAGUCCUCCUGCUGGACGUCGUCAAUGAAGCCUGGCGAGGAGAGAAACUGUUUGGAUGGAAGGGCUCAGACUUGUUUGACGCGUUGAAUUCCCCCGUGGAUCCUGCGUCCCCUGCUUUCAAGAUGGUGAUGACUCUCCUGGCCCAGGCGUGCAUGCAGAAGGUGUAUCGCGGCAAGGAAAUGCUCAAGUACCCUGCCUUGGGUGUCUUGUGGGAUGACCACGAGGGCGCAGACUGCCAGGAAGGGACUUUGGCGGGAUUAUUGAGACAUGGCAGUGUUCACUUUGAGCAGAAAAGACAGCUCGUUUAUGUGGCUAAUCCUCGCCCAGUGGUGCUUCACAAGGGGGUAUACGAGGUGUAG